AUGAACAAGUUUUCAAUACAACUCAUUUUGGAGUUCAUCACUAUGCGAGUCUAUCCGAGAAGUUUGGCCGGUCUCAGCUUGAAGAAAGCAGAGACGGAAAACAAAUUUCAGUUGGUUGAGAUCGAGACUCUCUUAGACAGAAUGGCGAUGGAAACUUUUGCUCAUGAAGCCGGGUGGGAGUGGAUGCGUCGAUUGAUUUCUAGAGAUUUCCUCAAGAGUAUGGAUCUUCUUGCUGGCAGUAGUUUCGUUUAUGAAAAAGUUUAUUUGAAUCAAAAUUUCACAUUUGUCCGACCUCUUACGAUCACUGGAGCAUUCAGAUCUUCAAGCCAUUCCGGAGUUUUCUUUCAUCAAAUGAUCCUUGAUCGAAUCGAGAACAACGAAUACAUCAUUCAGAACAACCAGCCUACGGCGCAACAUUCUAUCAAACUGUGUAUUCCGAUGACAAAAGAAUAUUUUGUCGACAAGGAAGCAUACAACAGAUUCUUUGAUCCAACAACGAACGUGAGCGCAAUCAAUGAUAAGAAAACAAACGUUUUUGCUCCGCUGACAAACGAAGAUUUAAUGGAAAAAGACACUUGGUAUUUACUGCCUCAAGCUUACUCGAUUGAAAUCCAAAAAGCUGAAGAAUGA